CUCUAAGCCAUUGCUGUCGCGUGGGUUCCCUCCCUUGGCAUCAUUGCCUGGGCGGUGGUGGACAGGGAGCGUACAUCGCAGUUCUCGACUUGUCGCAUACCUAAUUCCGGGUACGGGAACAGUCAAGUCCGGUUGGAGGCAGUGCACCUGUCCUGUUGUAGCUGUUCACGAGCGAAAGGCCUGCCCGCACUGCCCUCUCGUCUCGUGGCGACGACCGGCCGUACCGAAGGAGAGAAGGGGUUACCUCCGCUGCCAGCGCUCCUCCGUGAAACAACCUUCCUUCGCAGAACACGCUCGCGCUGAGCGCGCGGCCACUUCAGCGUAGUUUGGCGCCAAGCAGGGACGGCUGCAGCAGGAAGGGCUCCGCUCAAACGACACUCGAGUCCACGACCGCCAUCGCCGAGCAGCGAGAGUCAUGCGGUGAGAAGAAAAGUGGCGCGCCGGACUCCCGCUUUCUGCCGUCUGAGUGGGUCCGCGGCAGAGGAAGUCCCGGACAGCUUCUCGCAAGGGCCGUGAAAUCGGCACACAUUUUCUUGUUUAUUCCGUGCCACGGGCGGCCACCAGUCUCCCGCCGCAAGUGUGUGCUCCGUGAAGUCGACGAGUAGGACGCCACGCGGCUUGUGGCGGUCCUGCUUGCGGCCCUGCCUCGGGGAAGACUACACGUUCGCAAGCCUGCGUGGACGUUGUCUACAAAAACUAAGAUGGAUUCCGGCGCAGUUCUUCUCAACGUUUCCAAGUUGGAAAACGACGCGCCGCCAAAGUGCUUCGACAACAUGGCACUGGACGUCCCAAACGGAGUUAUCGACGACGUGAUCCCGACGGUGGACUUCAAGACCGAAGUGAACGGCAACGGCCGCCACAACGGGUUCAGGAACUUCGAGAGCAUCGACCUGACCUGGAGGAACCUGAUAUACAAGGUCAAGAAAGGCAAAGCCCGCAAGUGCUUAGUAGACAACAUGAGCGGCGAAGCGCGGUCCGGUACACUGACUGCCAUCAUGGGCCCCUCUGGCGCAGGCAAGACGACGCUACUCAACUUGCUCACGGGCUUUUACGACAAGGGCUACAAGGGCGAGGUCCAGAUCAAUGGAUACGUGCGCGAACAGGCGCUAUUCAACAAGCAGAGCUGCUACGUCAUGCAGGAGGACCGACUACUCCCUGCCCUCACCGUUUACGAGGCCAUCUUCAUGAGCGUCGAACUGCGCAUGCCCAACAUGGCACCAAAGGAUAAAGCGAAGAAGGUUGAGCGAUCGAUUGAAGAGUGGGGCCUGGAGGUGUGUCGCAACACACGGACAGAAAACCUCUCCGGAGGCCAACGGAAGCGGCUGGCCAUCGCUCAAGAGUUGGUCAACAACCCGCCUGUUCUCUUCCUCGACGAACCUACCAGUGGCCUGGACAACGUGUCAAGUCUGAUGUGCGUACAGAUACUGAAGCGGCUGUCUUCCAUGGGACACACUGUCAUCUGUUCCAUACACGCCCCGAGUGCCAAGAUCUUUUCUUACUUCGACAUGCUCUACAUGGUUUCUGCGGGUCGUUGCAUCUACAACGGCAAGGUGGAUAACCUGCUGGGCUUCCUGACGAGGCAUGGUCUGCAGUGCCCACAGUUCCACAACCCUGCAGACUACAUCAGCGAAGUGGCGUCUGGCGACUACGGCGACUACCGCGACGCAUUAGCCCGCGAGUUCGAACUGCCUGUACCCGACAGCAGCGAAGCCACUAAAGGCACGAAAACGAAGUACGGAGGUCUCAUCAUGACCAACGAGGUGCGUAUAGGGCAGUGGCUGUGCAAAAGGCCGACGCCAAUCGGAUGUACUCUUUUCAAAGUCAACCAGUUUCAUCAGUUCCAGAUCCUACUUAAAAGGUGCUGGCUUUCUGUUUUCCGUAACAAAGUGGCCACACCCCUACGUAUCGUAGCAUACGUCGGCUUCGCGCUCAUGUUGGUCAUCCUGUACUACGACAUCGGCAACAAGGCGAGCACGGUGACGCACAACGCCACGAUGUUCUUCUCCAUGUGCUGCAUAUGUGUCUUCCAGACCAUCCUUCCCGCCGUCAUAGUCUUUCCCGUGAACAUCUCAGUACUAAUGAGAGAGCAAAGAAAUUGCUGGUACAGCCUCAAAGUCUUCUACCUGGCGAAUUACGUCACGGAGAUUCCAUUUCUGGUGAUACCAAACGCUUUGUUGGUAGCUAUCGUGUACUAUCCGACGGCACAACCGCGGGAGCUGUGGCGUGUAGCAGGCGUCAUGCUCUUCUGCGUCCAGAUAUGCGCGGUGUCGCAGGCCAUGGGGCUCAUCGUGUCCGCUGUGUCCAAGUUACAGACGGCGGUGUUCCUGGCCCUGCCUAUCGUGUCGCCGGCAUUCUUCUUUUGCGGCUUCUUCGUGCCGGCUCACCUGUUAACGCACUACGCGCGGUGGUUAACGGACAUCUCGUACAUCUACUACGGCUACAACGGGCUGCUGCUGUCGGUGUACGGCUACGGCCGGGCGACCCUGGAAUGCGACCAGUUCAUAUGCCUCUACGAGGACCCGCAACAGUUCCUCGAGUUCGUCGGUGCAGCGGACAAGAAGUUCUAUGUGCUGGUGCUCGCGCUGCUGGCUUACGAGGCCAUAUGCAGGACUGUUGCCUUCGUCCUGCUCAAGAUCAGGCUAGCCAGGAAAGAGUGAAGCGUUGUGUGACUGCGAGUUGACAUUCCGUGUGAGUGCGCUCGCUCGUGUACGUACGUCGUGAAGUGCGAACAUCGGGCAUUCGGCUUUGCUUUUCGUUUGAGCUCGAGCCGUUUUGAAGUGGGAAGCACGGCGAUCGGUACGGAAUUAACCACCAUGACAGUGCAUUUCGCCAGCAAAGGAGUGGCGGUAAAGACACUACGUGAUCCAACGCGUUGAAGUGGUGUGUCAACCGCUGGAAGUUGGUGAUUAAGAAAACAUCAACGUCAAUUGACUCGACUUUUCAUCGAUGUAACGCUGACAUCGCUCAUAGUGGUUCACGGCAACGAAGUCGUAUGCAGACCGCCAACACCUCGCUAGUGAUCGGAAUGAGGUGGAUUGAACGCUGUUUUAGCGCGUCUGCAAAACUGACUUUGUCGUGAGUGUUCGCAUUAGCGUGUUAUUUUUAAUUAAUCUGGGAGUUUAAUAUUUUUCAUAAUUAACCUGCAUCAGUUAUGAAAAAGUCUGUGCGAGUUGUGUGCAACUACGAGACACGUCGGAUAUUUGUUAAUCCUUCGUAAAGAUUGUACAACAGAUCUGAGUGGAUUUUUGAUAUUUUAAAGGACGGUAACAUGCCUAUGCACAUUUUUUUCUAAUGUUCUUGUUUCAUGUUUUUUUUUCAGUGUGUGUUUAUAGAAAUGGCCGCUUCGCGAGUGAAGUGAGAAAUCAGCUGCGCAUCACGCAUUUACUUUGCACAAGUGCAAUAGACAGUACUGCACCUUAAACGGUCCGUGAGAGUUUCUCUCACCUCGCUCGUUCUACAAUUAUAGUCGAUUUUUACAUUGCGUAUGAGUAGCUAAAAAGAGACCAUACGUAUGCAUUCAAUAACUAACAUUACAGCGACAGACGCGAAACUAUUUUAAAAUGGAAUACAGAUCCGCCUUUUUGUAGUCCUAUGCGAGCAAAUCCGCCGCCCCUCACAAUUGUCUCCUGGCUUCUACACCAGACCCGUUGCUUUCUAGUCUCCUACACCAGGGCCAAAACGUUUUAUGAUUACCUGAUGGCCUACUAACUUCUGAGAAGUACAUUGUCUGUAAAGAACAUAAACAAUAUUCUCGCCAUGCUAAUUUGAAAGUGUUAUUUAAGCACAAAAAAAUUGAGUGAUCAUCGAACGAGGUGAGUUCUAUGGCUGUAGUGAGCCUAAAAUAAUCGCGGUUAAGGGUUGCGUGGAAGCGCUAUAUCUCUAGAUAAGAUCAAAAUUAAAACUUGCUAUUGAAGAGCAGACCCACUGGAAGCGCUAAAACUACGUUCUGAAUGUAAGCACUGAAGCAGCGAUGAGUCGGGGGAGUGCUUGCAUAUGCCACAUGUAGAGCUAGCCGUAUACACUAAGUGCCGUUAUUUGAAACAUCAUUAAAUGCCAUGAAUUCUCAUUGGGGGGUCACGGACACUAAAGAAGUGAGAAAAUUGCAUUUCAUUUUAGCCGUCCGGACUUCUUGCACCACGGCUGACUACAUGUGCCCAUGCGGCGGCAUGUGUGCGGAAAGGAGAGCCUAUAUAGUUGGCGAAUGUUUGCCCCAGCACGGAAUAAACUGUAGAUUUGCAUUGUUGUACAGCAA